AUGACGCAGAAUGCCGUUCACUUUUUUUCUCAUGUGUUGUUGGCUCCAGGAUGCCUCUCUUUGCUGGUGACAGUGCAGGACACCGAACGCUAUGUCACUCUGUUUGCCUCCAUCGUCCUCAAGUGCGACUACACCACAUCUGCCCAGCUGCAGGACGUGGUGGUCACCUGGCGCUUCAAGUCCUUCUGCAAGGACCCCAUCCUAGAUUACUACUCGGCAUCAUAUCAAGCAGCUUUAGCUUUGGGUCAAGACCCAUCCAAUGAUUGCAAUGACAGCCAAAGGACUGUCCGAAUUGUGGCCCAGAGGCGAGGACAGAAUGAACCAGUUUUGGGUGUGGAUUACCGCCAGCGCAAGAUUACUAUCCAGAACCGAGCAGAUCUUGUGAUUAAUGAGGUGAUGUGGUGGGAUCAUGGCGUUUAUUACUGUGCCAUUGAGGCUCCAGGGGACACUUCUGGAGAUCCAGAUAAGGAAGUGAAGCUCAUUGUUCUACACUGGCUAACAGUGAUUUUCAUCAUCCUUGGUGCCAUCUUCCUCAUCGUGCUAGUCAGCAUAUGCUGGUGCCAGUGUUGCCCCCAGUAUUGUUGCUGCUAUAUUCGCUGUCCUUGCUGUCCAACACGGUGCUGCUGCCCUGAGGAAGCCCUGGCCCAGCACCGGUUUAUGAAGCAGGCUCAGGCACUAAUCCCCCAGAUGAUGGAAAAACCCCUCUACCGGGGUGCUGACAGGAGCUCCCAGGUUUCAUCUUACCAAAUGAACCCGCUGCUGCAGCGAGAUUUUUCUCCACCGGCCAGCUUCCCUCAGAUGCCAGUGCUCCCGACACCAACUCACCCCCCUGCUGCCAAUGGAGUGCUGGAGUACUUAGAGAAGGAGCUGCAGAAAUUCAACCCUGCCCAGGCCCUCCCACCAACCCACAAAGCAAGAGUUGCUCGUCACUGCAGCAUGUUGUCCUCCCUGGGUUCAGAAAUCGUGGAACGCAGGAUUAUUCACCUUCCCCCCUUGGUCAGAGACUUUCCCUCCUCCCAGAGGACCAGUGAAUCAUCUCAGCAACAGUGGGGCUCCCAGUUUUCCAGGAGACCUUGGGCUCUGGAUGAGAUGAAAGAGGAGAGAAGGCAGAAUUAUUACUCUGAUUUUCGUCAAGGAUCCUUGGAACCAUGGCCAAAAUCCAAACCCUUGGAGCACAGGGGUUAUGAGAAAUAUAAGGGUGGAAGGCAUUGGACUUCCAGGGAGGAAGUCUCAACCACCUCCAGGCCAUACUCUGAUAGCCUGAGUGAUGAUGAGUCCUAUUCCCGGCAGGCGCACUGGCGCUCCAACCAUUCAACCCAACGUAAUCGAUCUCCAGGGAGGCAUCCUCGGCCAGCUCAGAGGGAAAGCGCCUACAGACACGGUAGCCACCGGCACCGCAGCUAUUCCCCGCCAUCUUGCCAUAGCUCUUGGAGUUCAGAAGAAGAGAAGGAGCGGCAGUAUCGUCAAGGCCGGAAAUCCCACCGUCCUCCUCCUCCUUCAAGCUGGACUGAAGAGAAGCCACCGAGCUAUCACUCUCUAGAAGUCAUUCCAGGCAAGAAUGUCAGGAAAAAAGGGAAUGUGGAAAGGCGCUCGGAGAGAGAAAGCUCCCAUAGUGGAAGGAGUGUCAUCAUUUAAUACCUGGGAUUUCCUUGAUAAAUGACAAUUAAUUUUCUGACUCGGAAGCCCUGGCGAUUCUGAAUUCAUGUUUCUGGAUUGGACCUUAGGAACCAAGCUGAAGUGACAUGAUGGCGUGAAACUACUAUAUUUGACCUUUAGCUUCUCUUUUCAUUCAUUCAAUAAGCAAUUAAGUGUCUCCUGGGUACCAAUCAACAAGCAUUUAUUAAGCACCUGCUAUGCUUUACAAGCACAAUGCUAGGCAGUAUAGAUACAAAGAUAGGUAUUAAUGAGGAUAUAGGUCUGACCAACAACUCAGUUUCAUGAGUCUUCAACUCAGUUACACGUCUCAGAACUCGGGAGUCUUGAUGAAGCAGUUGAACACUCAAGAGGAACAAGAGAGAUGAAAUGGUCUGGGUGCCUCUGUGUAUAAAGCAGUUCUAAGGGAUGUUUUCUUAAACUUAGUCUCCGACUGUUUCAUCCUUAGAUUUAUAGCCUCACAACUCAGCUCAUUCUAUUUUAGGAUCGGAUCAAUUUAAAGGUGCUGCCCAAGGGAAAAUAAAAGGCUGUGAUGGUG